CGGAACUUUUCCGUCCACGUUGUUUUCGGGGUGUGGCCUCGAGGCUGCCACGCCGGGGUGAGUUCCGUGGUCGUCUCAGAGCCAAGAUGGCUGGCUCGCGAACGCUGCAUCCCAAGUUUCUCAAGACCGCAUGAGACAUGAAUGCUUCAGGGUGGUGCCGACUCGCUCCCAAGUGCCUGCCUUUGUCCCUUUCCCAGCACGACGCCAAAAUCACUCAGACACCCGUCCGCGUUUGCUCUUCGCCUCUUCCCCCAAGGAGACGGCAAAGAAGAGCACAGCCUUCACUCGAAGCACAGGCAAUCGUUAUGUCACAUACUUGAUAUGCAAUAUGCCAUGCCACACGAAGACCGCGACAGAUGACGAGCCAUGCCGAACCACUCAUCGUUACCUGCUGCGGCGAACCGCACAGCGAAACGCACUCAAGGAUAGCAGUCCGGAAGUGGUCUUUCGGAGCUGCGACGUAGCCAUCCUCGAGGGGCAACGAACCCCCCUCCCCUGCGCCACCAGGCCGCCCAUGAAGUUCCAUACUGCGGCCUUAGCCAUCGUCCGUGAAAUGUGCAGUAUUCGCUUCGCUGGCCUCGCCUCUGACCUGGUAGGCCCGACGAUGAAAAAUACAUGAUGGACGUGGAGAAAGCCUACGGAGCUGGGCAAGUAUAAUUCGAUUCUUUGCGCGAUACUAAUACUAGACUAGCGACUUACUCUAUGGUAAAAUGUGUUUUCGUGUCACUUUCGCGCAUUCGAAGCUGUUCACACAUGAUGACGAGAAUGGCGCCUCCAGAUAAUGUAGGAAGGGAGUAUCGGACUUCCUCCAGCUCACUUGGCUGCCACAGGAAAGCAACUAGCGCCUCCAAUGGCAAU